UUGCUGGUGAAUUUUGAUGGUACCCAGAGCGGGACACCAUCUCGUGAUCACCCAAGUGAGUUUCUUCGAUCUCUCCAACGUUAGAAGUUCCCCGCGAACUUCUCCUUCUUUUUCCCCUCUUCUGCGAGAAGGACGGACGGAGGAUGCAUGCUCCCUUUCUUGAUUUGAAUUCCGGCACCCUUUGUUAGAAAAUGGGAUUGAUGGUGAUCGGCAGGAGCUUCACCGGUUGCUUGUACUCUGAAUUGGGUUGCCUGUUGAAGCUCGGACGAGUGAUAUGUGCUUGCAAUCUUUCUUGCCCGCCAACUUUUUGAUGAUUUGUCAUCAUCGGUUGAUUAGUGCUCAAGCGGUUCUCUCUUGUUCCCUUUACGUCUGUUCAUGGGUCUAGUUUCGAGCAGGGCUUACUUUGGAGUCUUCUCUUAUGAUGAUUUCUGGUAUCAAGACCAAACCGAGUCACCUAAGACUUGGAUAAAGCUCGUGAUGAUAAAUUUGGCUUAAAGUCAGUAGCCUGAAAACCUAAAGGGGGUUGUUUUGUUGGUUUUGUUAUUCGUAAACUAGGAACUCCAAAUAAUCUAGAAGAUUCAAUGUGACGUAAGAGGCAUCUGUUAAUUGGUUUUGGCCUAUAUAUUUUUAAAUGGAUUAUAUGUUGCUACUCAGAUUUGUAAAAGUACAGCCCGAACUAGUAUCCUUACGUAUUUUGCUUUAGACGAUCUUCUUCACAUUUCAAUAUUAUGUUUAUUCUGUAUUUCGAGAAAAGCUUUUCGGUAGCUAUUGUGAUUUUGUUGGCGUGAAUUUAAGGAAUCAACUAGUUCUUGCACUUGAGCUGAUAUAAGUUGAGUUGAGCUCAACUUUUCAACUUUUCAAUGACUCCCAUUCAGAUAUGAAUGCUGAUGUUCAAUUGAGCUCAAGCUGAGUUUUCACUGAUGAUUUUCUUGUUAAGUAUCUUCCUGCUUCGUGUUGACUGGGCUCAGUUGCAUGCUGUGGAAUUUUCUUAGUCUGUCAAUUUUGCCAUUGUUCCCACUCGUCUAUAGAACCUUGAGCAUACAUGUGUAUUCCUCAAAGUACAAAAGGGUUUGUAUUUUGGAACCACUGGUCCAAGGUAGCCUGACAAGUUCUACACGUUUUUAUAAGGCUCAUAAUUGGACAGGCCUAGGAGAAAGUGGUAGCUUGGCUGCGAGAGAAGAUUACCAGACCCAGAAGAAGGCUGAGGCCUGGAACAUCUAUGGCUAUGUUGUUUCAUUUGUUCUUAUGUUCUUCUUGAGUUUGUAUCAUCUUGUUACCAACAUUGAUAGUUCAGAUUGCCUAAAAUCUGCUUUAAGAAGUUUAUUUUGCAACUAAUCAAUCAUCUGCUCCCUGAAUUUGGUCAUUCUUUGCUUAAUGAGGUAUGCUGUUGCAUAGAAUGGGAACGGACAAUGGGAGAUCAGAUUCUGAGAUGGAGAAGAUGUUAUUGAUUUACAACAGUUUUAUGGCUAGGGUCACAAAAUUUGAUGAAGCGGCAGCUGCAGGAAGCAGGUUUCUCGUCAGCUUCCAAAAAGGGCUAAAUAGAAAAUCUAGAUUUCUUUAUUUUCUCCCUUUCCUUAUAUGUCAACAUUAAUCUCAUUCUGGCAUCCUCAAUCGUUCUCUCUUCAUCUUUUUGUAGGAUUUGUUCAACGGCCUGCUCUAGACAGAAGUUCUAAUCUACUUAAGAAUAUUAUCAAAGCUAACAAAACAGAGAGGCUUACAUCAUACUUCAAUGCUGGAUGUAUCCACGCCAAUUAUGCGUCCCAGAAUCUGACAAAGUUACGUACUUGUGUACUUGGUCUUCAGAGCCUUGUGAAUACAGCAAAAACUAUACUGAUUGAACUUGAGGGUCUUCUAGAGGAUGUAAUCAGGAUUGUAGAAGCAGCAAAUGAGUAUUUAUUACCAUCUCAGGAUGAAGACAUUAAUGAUAGAUUGAUGAGGGAAGUGACUAUUGCUAACAAGGAGGAAACUGCAUCAUCUGAUUCUGGGAGACCUGAACUCACAGACUAUGCUACCAUGAUGGGUAUUAUUUACAGUAUGAUUAAACAAGACUCUGUCAUGCAGGAAAAGAUUGUCUCUGCUCUGAAUCUGAAGCUAUCAUCCGGAGAAUUAGAAACCUAUUGCACUAUGUGGUCCCUGCGUCCUUUCAUUGAUGAUGAAAUCAUGCAUCGGGCUUGGUCAUUCAUUCCUUGACGAUAUUAUCCGGAGAAUUAGAAACAUGUUAUAAUGUUGCCAUAUAACAUGUUUGUUGACUGAGGAAGGAUGUCGGUGACUAUGUAGAGGUGGCAAACGUGAGGGUCAAGUUAUGUUGUAUUUGUAUUUUUUCAGGUUUGGGUCAUUCAUUCCUUGACCAUAUCAUCCGGAGAAUUAGAAACAUGUUAUAAUGUUGCCAUAUAACAUGUUUGUCGACUGAGGAAGGAUGUCGGUGACUAUAUAGAGGUGGCAAACGUGAGGGUCAUAUGUUGUAUUUGAUAUUUUCAGGUUAUGUAGAAGAUAAAACGAAGUAUUGUUUGGCAAAGAAAAUUUGGGUUGGUCAUUGUAA